UCCGGCGACGACGCGGCACCGCGCCGCCGCCGGUUGGAGGUCCUCCACUCGCCUCCACGAGGGGGCUAGACCAACCUCAUCUCCGCCGCCGUCCCCGAACAGCGCGCGUUCCCCGGCGAGGCUCCCGCAUCCCGCCUCCGCGCUAGCUUCUCGCGCUCCUUCUCUCUCUCGCGCCGCCUGGCGUCUACCCCGUCCCUCUCUCCCUCUCCAACUCCUGUCCCCGCCGCCUCCAUACGUUGGUAAUCCGUAUAUCUCCAUCGGUGUUGGACAACUGCUCGUGCUUCCCCGGACUCCUUCGUGCUCUGGAGUUUAAUGGUGUUGGUGUUCGCCUCCGCGCUUGAACAACUGGGUGCUGCGGCGAAUCGGGAAGGGCAUCUCCUCGCCGGCCGCCCCCAUGAUCGCCUCCUCCUCCGCGCAAUCAUGGAUUAAUGGUCGCACCAAUCAAUUAGCGAGGGUGAUCUCUUUGGAGUUUCGCAGAGGGCGCUCUAGAAGGGUUGGUUCCAGAAUGAGGUUUAGCAAUGCUCUUGGGCCCAGGCUCUUCCGUUGGUGCUCACGUGAGAAUCACACGGCUGUCAGGAAGCUGUUGGAGGUGGAUGGCACUUCAGAGAGAUCAAAGCUCCUAAACAAAGUGUCUGUUUUGAUGGGUUAUAGUAAUACACAAGAAUUAAUUGAGCAAGAAAGAGCCCGGCGAGAAUCUGCUACAGAGCUGAUCAGUGUAGUCAAAGAAAUCGACUUCCCAGAAAUGUGUGCAAAGUUUCCAUGCAUAAAAAUUGGUGAUUCAUCACCUAUUGAACUAUACGAUGACGCUGCUAGCAUGAAGCAGAAAGAAACUAUGCUUUCUGAAAACCUCACAAAUUUCAUGCGAGAGUCUGGUGGAAAUUUUGAGGCAGCUUAUGAAUUUACUGAAAAAUGUUAUCCAUUAGGUCCAACCCUUACAAAUGUAGAUCAUCUGUCGAUCAGUGAAGAGAGUUCUCUGAAGACACAGCCUAUGUCUAAUGAACUGGUGGCUGAUAGCGAUCCUUGCCCAUCAUCGUUGGCAGAUGCUACAGUUUCAGAUUGUAGUAUCUUGGAUAGAAGUAUAAAAUGUUUGCCCGGAACAACUAGCAGGCUAUAUCGCAAACUAGAGGGUGGUGGUUUUCAUACGAUACGGAAAUUGUUGCAGCAUUUUCCCCGGACCUAUGCAGAUCUACAAAAUCCUCAAGGUUCAAUAGGAGAGGGGCAGUACAUCAUGCUCUUUGGAACUGUUGUAUCUUCCAGGGGAGCCAGGCUUAAGCAUACUUUAGGUUACCUUGAGGUCGUCGUUAGUUGUUCACUAAUUGAGAGUGAGUUAAGCUCUUCAGAUAAGAGUUGUAACUCUGGAGCAGCAGAAAAGAAGACAAUUCAUUUGCACCUCAAGAAAUUUUUCAGUGGCACACGCUUUGCUUCUCAAUCUUUUCUUAAGUGUAUAUCAUCAAAGUACAGAGAGGGGGAUCUUGCUUAUGUCAGUGGUAAGAUCCAUAAGUCACUUGCUAAUGGCCAUUAUGAUUUGAGAGAGUACACUAUUGACAUGCUUGAAGAAGAACAACAAUGCAACCUUCUUGAUAGGAAACCAUAUCCUAUAUACCCAUCAAAAGCAGGGGUGAAACCAAGUUUGCUGAGCUUCUUCAUCUCAAGAGCCUUGAAGAUGCUAACGCCAGGCAUUGAUCCUAUGCCUCAUGAAGUUCUUGUUGAAUUCAACUUGCCCAAUCUCUUUGAUGCUUACAUGGGAAUUCACAAACCUAAGAAUCGAGAUGAAGCUGCUUUUGCUCGGAGAAGGCUUAUUUUUGAUGAUUUCUUUUAUCUCCAGUUGGGAAGACUGUUUCAAAUGCUUGAAGCAGUUGGUACACGGGUUGAGAAGGAGAAGUUGUUAUUGAAGUGCAAAAAUCAUGAGCUAAAUGCUGUUGGUGUUGAUGAGUGGUCCCCUCUUGCAAGAAAAUUGUUAAAAGCUCUUCCUUAUUCACUUACUCGUAGUCAACUGAAUGCUGUUAAAGAGAUUAUAUGGGAUCUCAGAAGACCAGUUCCUAUGAACAGACUCUUACAAGGUGAUGUUGGUUGUGGUAAGACCAUAGUUGCUUUCCUUGCAUGCAUGGAGGUCAUUAGCUCAGGAUUUCAGGCUGCGUUCAUGGUUCCAACGGAGGUACUUGCUCUCCAGCAUUAUGAACAUCUAACUUCAUUGUUGGAGAAGUUUGAUGGAGAUGAAUGCAAACCAAACGUUGCUUUACUAACUGGUUCAACAUCUACGAGGGAAUCAAGGAUUAUUCGAAAUGGACUGAAGACAGGAGAAAUAGCAAUGGUCAUUGGAACACACAGCUUAAUAGGUGAUAAAACUGCAUUUUCAGCUUUGCGCAUCUCUGUUAUAGAUGAACAGCAGCGCUUUGGUGUUGUUCAAAGAGGAAGGUUCAAUAGUAAGCUAUAUACUCCGUUGACGAAAUCGAGUGAUGAUGACACAAUCUCAGAUGACAAUUCUGAUUCUGAAAUAUUUAUGGCUCCCCAUGUCCUUGCUAUGUCUGCCACUCCAAUCCCAAGAACGUUGGCCCUUGCUCUGUAUGGGGACAUGUCUCUUACACAGAUCACAGACUUGCCUCCAGGAAGACAGCCCAUAGAAACUCUUGCUCUUGAAGGAAAUGAUGCUGGGUUUGAAACUGUCUUCCAGAUGAUGAGGGACGAACUGGUUGAUGGAGGCAAGGUCUACCUUGUAUAUCCUAUCAUAGAAGAAUCAGAGCAGUUACCACAACUGCAUGCAGCAAAAGCCGAUUUUGAUUCCAUAAAGCAAAAAUUUGAAGGUUAUCCCUGUGGGCUGUUGCAUGGCCGCAUGAGGAGCGAUGAGAAGGAUGGAGCCCUUAGCAGUUUUAGAUCUGGGGAAACACGUAUUCUCCUCUCAACGCAAGUGAUCGAGAUUGGAGUCGAUGUUCCUGAUGCUUCUAUGAUGGUGGUGAUGAACGCCGAGAGAUUUGGAAUUUCUCAACUGCACCAAUUAAGGGGUCGCGUAGGUCGUGGCGAAAGGAAAUCCAAAUGUAUAUUCCUAUGCUCCGCUUCUAGCGCGCUGCCAAGGUUAAAGGUGCUUGAGAAGUCAUCCGAUGGAUUCUACCUGGCUAACGCAGACCUACUGCUGCGUGGCCCUGGCGAUCUACUUGGCAAGAAACAGUCAGGGCAUCUCCCAGAAUUUCCAAUAGCUAGACUGGAGAUUGAUGGUAGUAUUCUACAGGAAGCCCAUCUUGCUGCACUUAACGUUUUGGGAACAAGCAAUGACCUUGCACAAUAUCCAGGGCUGAAAGUUGAGCUCAGCAUGAGGCAGCCACUGUGUAUUCUUGGAGAUUGACCUCUUCUCUUAAUCAGUUAUUGGACAGCUUUGUAGUGUUCAUGGGGCAAAAAGCUUAUGCAUUCUGGCUGUGCAGGUGAACCAUCCUUUUUAAGAUGGUGGUAAGAUUGUAAAGUUACUACCAGCAGAAGCACCUGACUAUUUAUAAAUGACAAAAACAGCAGUACUGCUAUAUGAUUUCAUUACCAUACCAAAAUGGUGUC